CCGUACGCUCCCGUAGUUGACAUAAUUCCAAGCACACCUGAAGGCACCACACUUCCUCCAGGCGAAGGAAGUCGCAAAGCGGAGCGCGGAGGGCAGCUCGCCCGGUUAGCAGCCACCCAAAAACGGCGCCAGAACGUCACCGGAGACGGAAAAACGGUGUACUGGCAGUACAAUAUCGACAUGGACGCUUUUACUCGCAACUGGAUGAGAUUGUUGCGCUUUUAAGCCAGCAGACAGCGCGCGGGCGCCAGCAGCCUCCUCUCGCGGCCACCUUCAAUGGCGGCUCCGACGGAAGACGACGAGAGGGAGCCCGUCAACGACGCAGAGCUGGCACUGAAAGGCAUCAACAUGCUUCUCAACAACGGCUUCAAGGAGAGCGACACGCUUUUCAGAGCGUACAGGAACCACAGUCCUCUCAUGAGCUUUGGUGCCAGUUUCGUCAGUUUUCUGAAUGCCAUGAUGACUUUUGAAGAGGAGAAGAUGCAGCUGGCGUCCGAGGACCUCAAAGCGACAGAGAGGCUGUGCGAGAGCGAAAAUGCCGGCGUCAUCCAAACUCUCAAAAACAAGAUGAAGCGCUCGACGGACUCUCGGAGGUCGGGGGUGGCCGCCGUUGAACGACUCCAGAGGCAGAUCAUCAUUGCCGACUGCCAGGUUUACCUUGCUGUGCUCGCUUUCACCAAACAAGAACUCUCAGCGUACAUCAAAGGCGGUUGGAUCCUCCGCAAGGCCUGGAAAGUUUACGACAAAUGUUACAGCGACAUCACGCAGUUGCAGGAACGCAGCAGCAGCAGCAGCAGGAAGAUCCCCGAGCAGCAGGCCUCUUCGUCGUCCGACCGUCCGUCCUCCCCCGCGUCGAGCCCUCCCCGGCGGCCGGACGCCGAAGACCUGGACCGGCUCAAAGGUUCGGUCAGCUUCGGCUACGGCCUCUUCCACCUGUGCAUCUCCAUGGUGCCGCCGCACCUACUCAAGAUCGUCAACCUGCUGGGCUUCCCCGGCGACCGUCUCCAAGGCCUGUCGGCGCUCGCCUUCGCCAGCGAGAGCAAGGACAUGAAGGCCCCCUUAGCCACCUUGGCCCUCUUGUGGUACCACACGGUGGUGCAGCCCUUCUUCGCCCUGGACGGCAGCGACACCCACUCGGGCCUGGCGGAGGCCAAAGCCAUUCUUCGCCAGAGAGAGACCGUCUACCCCAACUCGUCGCUCUUCAUGUUCUUCAAAGGCAGAGUCCAGCGUCUUGAGAGUCAGAUCAGCGCCGCCUUGACAUCCUUCAGCGCCGCCUUGCACUUGGCCUCAGAGCAGAGGGAGAUCCAGCACGUGUGCUUGUAUGAAAUUGGUUGGUGCAACAUGAUCGAGCUGAACUAUUGGGAAUCUUUCAAAGCCUUUGAGCGUCUGAAGGACGAGUCUCGCUGGUCCCAGUGCUACUACGCCUACUUGACAGCAGUGUGCCAAGGAGCCACGGGUGACAUGCAGGCAGCCUUGGGGGUUUUCAACGAUGUCCAAAAACUCUUCAAACGCAAGAGCAAUCAGAUCGAGCUCUUCUCCAUGAAGAAGGCCGAGAAGCUGAAGAUCCCCAAUUUGUCCAAAGAACUGUGCGUCCUCGCCAUCAUUGAGAUUCUUUAUUUGUGGAAAGCUCUCUCCAAUUGCUCCACCAGCAAAUUACACACGAUGAUGCAAGUCCUUCAGGCUAUCGACAACGCCUCCUGCACAGGGCUGAAAAACCUGCUUUUGGGCACCAUAAGCAAAUGCCUCCAUAACACUAAAGAUGCCAUUCAGUAUUUCCACAUGGCCUCGCGCGACGAGCCGGACCAGCUGAGCAACUCGUACGUGCAGCCUUACGCCUGCUACGAACUGGCCUGCGUGCUGCUCAACGACUCCGAGUCUGCAGCCAAAGGCCACGCGUUGAUGCUUCAGGCGAAGGAGGACUACGCAGGCUACGACUUCGAGAACAGACUUCACGUGCGGAUCCACUCGGCUCUCGCCUCCGUGCGAACUGCAACUCAAGCGUGAAGCGAAGAGAUUUUAGCAGGAGAAAAAAAAAUGCAAAAAUGUUUUAUGAUGUAGUUACGUUUUGGUGGUGUCAUUUUGAAACGUCCUGUGGUUUGUAUGGGAAAGGUUUACUGGCCUUUGCAAUAUGCUGCACAUUUUUCCCCCAUG